AUGAUGUUCAAACUUAUAGUUUUGUCGGUUGCCUGCAUCUUCAUCGCUCAACCAGUACAGUGUGGGAUUAUUUCAAAUUUAUCCAAUAUAAAGACAGCAGCAGUCGGUACUGUAUCGGAUAUUGCUUCGAUAGUUCCAAAUGUGAUCACGGCUAAAGGUUCAGCUGUAUUGCAAGCGGCUGCUGAGACAGGCAACAUUAUCGCUGUCAGCGCGGGACUUAAAGCUGAAGCCCUAGAAAGACUGUCCACAUCUAUUACCGACUCCAUAUCUGAGGGCCUGGUGUCUGUUGGGAGACGCUUAUCGAGACAGGGCACUGGUUUAGUUGAAGAUACACUGGCAAACUCCGAUUAUGCUGGAUUGGGCGUGGUUAGUACGAAAGUCUUGUACUUAAUUGUGUAG